CCAGCUCCUCCGUCUACAUACUUCUCAUCCUACAAACUCCUCCAAUUCAUCAUGUCCAACCCCUACUUUGAUAUUGAAUACACCUCAGCUGGCGGACAGGUGGAAAAUUGGGGUCGCAUUGAGUUCAAACUUUAUGACGACGUUGUCCCUAAGACCGCGACCAACUUCCGCGCCCUCGCAACGGGCGAAAAGGGCUUCGGCUAUGCAGGCUCUGCUUUCCACCGUGUAAUUGCCGGGUUCAUGGCCCAGGGUGGUGACUUUACUCGCGGGAAUGGCACGGGCGGUAAGUCUAUCUACGGUGAGAAGUUCGCGGAUGAGAACUUCAAGACAAAGCAUACCAAGGGUGGUUUGCUCUCUAUGGCAAAUGCCGGACCGGGCACCAAUGGUUCCCAGUUCUUCAUUACGUUUGUGAAAACUCCUCACUUGGAUGGCAAGCACGUUGUCUUCGGAGAGGUUGUUUCUGGUCAGGAUAUUAUCCAGAAGAUGGAGAGCAAGAGCUUAGAUCGGUCUGGAAAGACUGAUGGUACCAUUAAGAUUGCUUCUUCGGGAACAGUCUAAGCUACCAUUGGGGAAAUGGUGCUUUCUUCUAUCUGAACAGCAUAUUGGGUGGCAAUGUGGAUGUGAAAUCGUCCAUCGUCUCAUCGAUCCACACAAGCCAUUUUCUUCUAUACUAGACUUUAUCAAAUUAGGUAGAAUGAACACUUGGAAGCCCGAGCAAAUAAUUCUGGCAUAUA